AUGGCUGCGGUGAUCCCUGCUGUGACGAAAAUCUCUUCCAGAAUCAUCAGAAUUCUAGGAUGUAACCCUGGAAUGAUGACUCUGCAAGGUACCAACACUUACAUUGUUGGAACUGGAAAGAGGCGAAUUUUGAUCGAUACUGGAGAUGCAAGUGUUCCGCAAUACAUAAAUCAUUUGAAAACGGUUCUGGAUUUCGAAGGAAUUGAUUUAGCUCAUAUAUUCAUUACUCAUUGGCAUCAUGACCAUAUCGGAGGUCUCGCUGAUAUCCUUGAAGAUAUUCGAGAUAAAACAAAACAUUGUCAGAUUUGGAAAUAUCCUGGUGCGAAAGACAACAUCUCUGAGAAAUCGAGCAUCGAAAGUUUGAAAGACGGUCAAGAAUUCUCCGUAGAAGGUGCCACUUUGCGUGUGGUCCACACUCCUGGACACACGGAUGACCAUGUCGUGUUCCAUCUGCUCGAAGACAAUGCGGUUUUCAGCGGCGACUGCAUCUUGGGAGAGGGGACUGCUGUUUUCGAGGAUCUAUAUAACUACAUGAACUCGUUGGAGCAAAUUGCAAACAUACAUCCUUCGAUUAUUUUUCCCGGCCAUGGAAACAUCAUUCAGACACCAGUGGAAAAAAUUCAGUUCUAUAUCAACCAUCGAAUGGAACGCGAACGACAAAUAAUGGAUGUUCUGAACAACAACAGCUCGAAAACAUUCAAAGAAAGAGAUCUAGUGAGGCUGAUUUACACUGACAUUCCCGAGAACCUAGUGACAGCAGCCGAGAGUAAUGUCAAUCACCAUUUAUCAAAACUUUCCAAGGAAGGAAGAGUCAGAACUUCGGAAGACAGGUGGCAAACGAAUGAAAUCUAA